UAGAAAUAUGAUGAGGAUGAGCAGGAUAAAAUGUUCAGGUUGGAUGAUUGUUAGAGUGAUUGGAUGGAUGAGUGGGGGAAGAUUUGGGCUUGGGGGAGGACCUAUUGGCAGGGUCACAAACUAUUUCCUUAAAAAGACUUAUGAAAACCAUACGGCACAAAGGGAAAACCACAGGCUGAAUCUCCCCCCUCAAGUCGGCACACUCAUUACCCGCCCCCUCUUCUAAAAACAAAUGUCUCUACCCUCCUUCUCUGUUUCCCUGCUGCAGACAGAAGUCAUCUCAUAUGCAGAGAGACCAGAUGUUUCAAAGAGCUUAUAGGUAAAUAAAAAAAAGUGUAUUACAUUAGAAGAAAAAAACUGCAGGCGAGUGAGGCAAACCAUUGACAAACAGAAAACAAGAAUGGAAAGCUGGAGUUUUACAAAAUUCCUUCCUGCAUAUCGUUGCCUACUCUUCGGUCUGCUAUAUUUGUAUUGGUCUAAUGGAGCUACAGGACAGAACUUGCAAGAGCAGGAUGGUGUGUGCAACGCAGAGGGAUGCUACUCUAUUCACCUCCAGCGCAAGACUUUCCGUGAGUCCUGGAGGAUCUGCAAGGAUAAAGGGGGGAACCUGGCAACAGUUAAACGACCAGAGGAGGCAUCCUUGAUCCACGAGUUGCUAUCAUCAGGGGUAAGACGUGCCUCUCGACCCAGAAUCAGACUGUGGAUCGGUCUCCAGCGCCAGCCUCGGCAGUGCUCUGCCACACGUCCUUUGAGGGGCUUCGCCUGGAUCACCGGAGACCAGGAAACGCAGUACACAAACUGGCAACGGGACGACGUAUCCAACGCGUGUGCUGCCCACCGCUGUGUGGUCAUUACUUACAACACCGCUGACAGAAGUGGCAGUGACCAGAACAACUUCAAAUGGCUCGACGGCUCUUGCACAGUGGCUGUGGAUGGUUUCAUCUGCCGUUAUUCUUACCAAGGCAUGUGCAUGGCUCUUCAGAAAGAGGGAGGGGUACCUGCACUGUACACCACCCCGUUUCACCUGGUCAGCACUGUUCUUACUCACGUCCCGUUCGGAACUGUGGCCACCGUCCCGUGUCCGGAUGGUGAGAAGGAAGACCAAUCGGUGCUUUGCAUGCUGAGGAAAGAUGGUAGUUUUGGAUGGACUAAGGAUUCCCCGCUCUGCACUGACACUGUUACAAAAGAUUGGUGUGAACAUGAAAACGGUGGCUGCAAGCAUUACUGCGUCAACACAGAUAAAAAUUACUUCUGCGAGUGCUCUGAGAAUUACGAGCUGGGAGAGGAUGGUAAGUCCUGCCAGCUUUCUGACCCGUGCCAAACUGCCAACUGUGAAUUUGAGUGCGAGGUCACUCCUCAGGGUCACCGGUGCAAGUGUCCUGAGGGUUACCUCCUGUCGGAUGACGGUCAGAACUGUCUUGAUAUAGACGAGUGCUUGCAGCAACCAUGCCCGCAGGUAUGCGUCAACGCACUCGGUACAUUCGAGUGUUUGUGCAAUGAGGGCUAUCUUCCCACUGAGUUUGGAGAAUGUCUGGAUGUGGAUGAAUGCAUGGAGGGAAAGUGUGAUCAUUUGUGCGAGAACCUGCCCGGUUCCUACGUGUGCCGCUGUCAUGAGGGAUUCUCUUCGAACGCUGAAGAUCCGGAUCAGUGUGAAGAUGUUGACGAGUGUGAAAUUCCAAACAUUUGUGAUCAGAAUUGCAGAAAUUAUGAAGGUGGAUUCGAGUGCCUUUGCGAGGACGGCUAUCUGUUGCAGGAGGACCGGUACUACUGUCGGCCAAUUGAAGAUUAUGUCGAACACCUGACCACUGUAUCGGCCGAUGCGACAUUAAACGAACCCUCUGAACUAGUAACAGAUGCCAGUCCUCCGGAGUGGUUAACAGAUUCUCCAAGCAUAUAUUGGGUUCCUACUUAUUUAAACUGGUUUGCAGAGACAGAACAGGAAGGAGAUAUGACCACCCAGGAAGCUGAUUUAUCUGAACAAGCAUCCUCCAAAUCACAUUCAUUUCAUAUUUGGAUGGACACGACAACUUCUGCACAUGCUGAUUCAAGUGACGAGGAUGCUAAACUGUGGUUGAAUGAGGAGGAAAUAAAUCCCAAUGGCAAUACAGCAGAUGCAAGCACCUUUGAGGACAACAGACUCAUCGCUUCAACUCCAAUACCAAAGAAUAGAGAUUUUGUUGUGCUCACCCCAGCAGCAUCACAAACACCUGAAGGUACGCUGGCAUCAGCAUCAGGGACGGAACAGCAGAAGAAGCAUGAUAAAAGCUGGCUGCUUGUGGCACUGCUAGUGCCGCUCUGCGUCUUUAUUGUGGUCAUGUUGGCGCUAGGCAUUGUUUAUUGCACCAGCUGUGCUGUAGAGCCACGGAACAAAAGCGUGACGGACUGUUACCGCUGGACCACCACCUCCAAGCCUGAAAAGCCAAACACUGCAAAAUCUUGAGCUUGAGUGAUGAAUUAUCAUGACUUUUAAAAGCAGAAGUGACUCUGGACUUUGUCAAGCUGUUUUCACUUCGGCCUUCUGUAGGAUCCUGUGGAACAUAAAGAAUGAUUUUAUUUUCUAAUGCAAGUGGAGGAGUAACCGUAAAUGGCAAAAUAUUAGUGUAAAUACAAAUGUGCAACAGAGAUUUUGGGGAAAGUGAUAUAUACUGUAGCAACUUUGUCUAGACAAAAUUUAGCAGCUCUGUUUCAUAUACAAUGAACAAAUAUUUUAAUGAAGCCUUCAACAGAAAAAAAUUAAGUCACACAUGUUAUGUAACAGCACCCCCAACAGUAAAGUAUGUAACUAAAACUAUUUUUAGUCAUGUAUAUUUUAAACACUUCUUAAUUUAAUGCAUCUCUUACUUAUCACUUCAUAAUACUUAACCAAAAUUGUUUUGUGUCAUACUUUUGGAUCAAGCAUACAGCAAUAGCUACCUGAAAUUAUUUUAUUUUAAUAUUUUGACUAAAAAGGAUGAAAAUAGACAUAUAAAGACCAUUGAACAUUAUAAUAGAGAUAGCAAAAUGUAUCAAAUGACAACAGGAAAACAGUGAGGCUAAACAAAUCUAACAACCCAAGCGCAAAAUAGUCUGGGCCUGAUCAUUAGGUUAAAGAAAAUAUAACAGUAAGGGGCUGUGUCCACCGAGGCGCAUUUACGCGGCUGAAAACGGCAGGAGCUCGGCUGAAAACUCCUACUGCAGGCGCAGCGUUCUGCCCAAAGUUGAGCAUUUUUCAACUCAGGGCGCUCGGUCGAACGCCGGCGCUGAGCGUGAAAAAAACGCAUAGCACCAUCGCAGAGCGCGGAAAAAAACCGUCAGCUGAUGGCUUUAAAAAAAAAAAGCCAUCAGCUCGGUGGACACAGCCUCUAAUGCUUGCAACAAACGAAAACACUAUGUUUUUUGUUAAGCCACUAUUCUUAUUUGUCCUAAAAAGUAAUUGUAAGUAAUUGUUGCUCGCUGUCUCUGUCUCGUUGAUUUAACGUUCAGCAGUGAAGCCUUUUUGUGUUGUACAGGCACAGUUACACCAGUAGUGGUCGCUGUCUGGCAUUUGAGCUAUUGUACUUAACGAUCCUAUUUUUGUUUUUAACAAAUGGUUUUAAUAAAGGCUAAACUUUCACGUCGUUAUCGGAUAAUUUUUUAAAGGUUUGUUGCUUCAUUGUAGCUUCUUUGGUCUUUCAAGUCCUCCUUAGAGAAAUAGAAAAAAGUUAGAAAAAUAACUUGGGUUAUAUAAA